AUGAUGUACAAGUGGAACAAGGUGCUAGAUGCCGCGUUGGUGGCAUUGAUGACCUACCACCUCGUCAUAGCUCCCUAUACCAAAGUUGAAGAGUCCUUCAAUAUCCAAGCGGUGCAUGACAUUCUCAAUUUCGGCAUCUUGCCUAUUGAAAACCUCGACAAUUACGACCAUAAACAGUUCCCUGGCGUGGUUCCAAGGACUUUCGUCGGCAGUUUAGUGCUUGCAGCACUUGCAACCCCGGCCGUUUUCAUUUCGUCUUUGUUUGGAAGGGACUUGUUGCACGGGGACCAGUCCCGAUUGCAGAGUCUCGUUAGAGGCAUCUUGGGUUUAUUGAAUGUAUUCAUGUUGAUGCGUCUCAGAGAUGCCGCCAACAAGGUGACGUUCCGCGAUAAAAGAAGUAAGAUCAAGGGCGUGGUUGGGUUCUGGUUCUCGGUCUUGUUGUUUUCUCAGUUCCACUUGCUUUACUAUUCGUCAAGAACAUUACCGAAUUUCAUUGCUUUACCCUUGGUCAGUUAUGCCUUGAGCAAACUCAUGGUGGGAGACUUGACAGGUUUGACCUAUUUGGCAUUCACAGCGGUGGUUUUCAGAAUGGAAGUUGGCGUCUUUGCAGCGAUCAUUGCCAUAGUUUCGUCAUUGGGCUUUGGCCAGAGCAACAUCUUUGCCAAUGGAAUCUACUUGGCCGCGGGCGCCUUAUUUGGCGCAUUCACCUCGUUUGCGAUUGACUCGUACUUCUGGGGUAGACCUGUUUUGCCAGAGUUGGAGUCGUUCUUGUUCAACAUUAUCAGCGGCGAGUCUGUGAAUUGGGGCGUCGAGCCAUGGGGAGCUUAUUUCAAAAAGUACCUUUUCCAAUUGUUUCGGCCCCCAACCAUUUUGAUUUUGGCACUUCCUGGUGUUGCCGGCGAUCCCACUGAGGAUUACUCGGGAGAAACAAGCAAACCAGGAACUGUCCAGCACCCAGCUAGAAACUCGUUGCGGAUCUUGUUUGUGUCUUCAAUACUUUACAUCGCGGUUAUGUCUUUCCAACCACACAAGGAAUGGCGAUUUAUCGUGUACACGAUCCCCAUUUUCACCCUUGCUGCUGCCAAUGGGCUAGCUAAUUUGUCGAUGAAAUGGAGCUUGAGCUACUCAACGAAAUUACUUACAGUAAUCAUAACGUUGAUGGCUGGUCUUGGCGCUAUUUUGUCGCUUCAAAUGGGGUACGCGUCGAGCUUCAAUUAUCCUGGAGGAGAAGCCCUUGCGUUUGUGAAUGACUACGUAAAAGAGGACACCCAUGUCAAAAUACAUAUAGACGUGCCAGCGUGCAUGACGGGGGUCACCAGAUUCGGUGAGCUACACGGUUCAAAUGCAAUCUACGACAAGACAGAGAAUGGUGUUGACCUCAGCGAUUUUGACCUCGUCAUAACCAGUGAAAAGUUGGACAACGAUACUUGGAAACAUUUGCAUUCUGCCAAGAUUUACAAACGAAUAAGCAUAGACGUUUUACUCAAGCUUUGGCGCGCCCAACUUGCUGACAGCUCAACGAUACUUCGACUUUUUCAAGUCAUCGUAGAGGAUUUCGUCGCAGGCACGAAUCAAGCGUCAAAAAAUUUACUCCGGUCCACGGUGGUUCUCGAAGAUCACAUUCAUGUCUAUGAAAAAGAGAAAGGAAAAGAAACAGAAAAAUAA